AUGGCUUCUUCGUCUUUGUCUCCGUCUCCUGCGGCGAUGAAAGAAGGAGAGUACGCAAACUGGGCUGAGCUUCCGCCGGAGCUGACGUCAUCGAUUCUUCACCGGCUCGGCCCGAUUGAGAUAGUGGAAACCGCUCAAAAAGUGUGCAGAUCGUGGCGUCGCGUCUGUAAAGACCCUUCGAUGUGGCGCAAAAUUGUGAUACAUAUUGAAGAAUUUGGAGACAGGUACUACGAGAAACUGUGCCGCCACGCAGUUGGUAGGAGCCAUGGCGGCUUGGUUGAGAUCGAUAUCUCCCACUUCGGUUCUGAUCCACUCCUCCGUUACAUCGCCGAUAAGAGUUCUAGUCAUCUGAGAAGCCUAAGAAUUUCAUUCUGCUAUCAAGUAACAGACAAGGGAUUUAUUGCAGCAAUUGCGAGACUUCCGUUGCUUGAAGAACUCGAGGUUUCGUACUGCUCACUAUCGGAAGAGUGUCUGAGAGUUGUAGGCCAGUCUUGUCCAAAUCUCAAGACCUUGAAGAAAAACUGCGUGGGUUACAGGCGUCGUAGUACUCGAAAGGAGAGUGAUGAUGUUGCCCUAGCGAUCGCUGAAACAAUGCUCGGACUUUGCCACCUCCAGAUUUUCGGGGACACAUUAACAGACGCUGGUUUAAACGCCAUUCUUGACGGUUGUCCUAACCUGGAACAUCUUGAUCUGCGCCAGUGUUUCAACGUUAACCUUGUUGGGGAUAUGGAGAAGCGGUGUCUCGAGAGGAUCAAAGUUGUGAGACGCCCUAAUGACUCGGUUCAUGAUUACCCAUUCGAUGCGACGGUUAAUGACUACCCUUAUGGUUUAUCUGAUGUUGAUGUAAUGUCAGAAGAUGAGUUAUACUAUGAUGACCUCUCAGAUGGUAGUGACAAUUCUGACUUCGACCCGUACUAUUAUUAGGUUGAUCAUAUCUGUGUCUCUAAACCUUUUCAAACUCGUUCAUCCUACUACUUUAAGCAUGCUUGUACUUUCGUUGGAGUUCAUGUGUCCUUGUGUAAUGUGUGUGACC